AUGAACCAAAACAUCGGGAACAAUUUUGUGAUCCCACCUACCUCCAUUCACACACUCUCCGCGAUCGGAAUGAUAAUCUGCGUCACAGCCUAUGAGAAAAUUUUUGUUCCGGCACUCAGGAAAGCCACCGGCAAUGAACAAGGCAUUAGAAUCCUCCAGAGGAUCGACAUUGGCAUGGUAUUCCCAGUUAUAGCCAUGCCUAUAGCGGCAUUAGUGGAACAAAAGAUUCUAAGAGAAGUAGAGAGAGAGAUUGUUAGAGUAGAGAGAGUCGGUUAUCUGUCUAUGAGCGUGCUCUGGUUAGCUCCUCAGUUCAUCAUUCUUGGGAUUGGCGAUGGGUUUACACUUGUUGGCCUACAAGAGUACUUCUAUGAUCAAGUUCGAGAUUCAAUGAAUUUGUGUAUGUACGUGUGGUUGAAACCAGAGAAGUUCUCUGGUUUUUUAACUGAAUUUUCUCUGGGUUGA